AUGAAACUUGUACGACGAUGUAAAGUCGUACUCCAGAGAUUGCAUUUCUGCAUCAAAAAAUAUUACAGAGAAACCACUUUACAUGGUUUUCGGUAUAUAACCGACCCAGAUUCAUCAAAAUUUAAAUCGUACUUCUGGACAAUCGUCUGCCUUAUUAGUACUGUCCUUUGUUUCAUUUUAAUUCGGUCUCAGUUUCGUUCGUACUAUUCUAACAGGAUAACGACUACAAUACUAACCACCGCGUUUCCCAUAUGGGAGGUACCUUUCCCAGCUGUGACCAUUUGCAAUUUUAAUUUAGUUUACCGCCACAACACGCAUCAAAUUAGACAAGCGACUCCAGAUGCAAUCGACAAUUUCUUCUCAAAUUUAUCCUCACUGAUAUUGUCGAAUAAACUCGACAAGGAUAUGAAAUGGACCGAGCAUUAUUCUAUCGUUAAAGUACUGGAACGUGCAGGUUACAACACUGAAAAAAUAAUGCAUCAGGUGGCGCACCCGUGUCACGUUAUGAUCACUGACUGUUACUGGAACAAUCAGGAAAAAAAUUGUUCGACAAUGUUUCAUCUCGUCAAAACUAGCAGCGGAUUUUGUUGUUCGUUUAAUUACAGGGGGUUAAAGACUGACAACGAAGAAAUUUUUGUGUCUGGUGUGGGCCCGUCUUUUGGUCUUUAUAUGCAUUUGAACGUUGAUGAAGAUCAGUAUAUGUCACCUCUCAAACACAGUUCUGGGAUUGAUGUUUCUAUACACGAAAAUAUACAAUAUCCGGAUAUGUCUGUUUAUAGUACUACAAUACGACCUGGUACUGAUGUAUCAUUGUCUAUUAAACCAGAAAUAAUCUACAGUGAGGAGGACGUUAAAGACACCCCAAUUAAAACCAGAGGGUGUGCUUUUGCUGAAGAAGUUCCAGUGGAAUGGACUUCUAGUUAUAGCUACACAACUUGUAUUAACAAGUGUAAAGCUAAAGCAGUUUAUACUCUUUGCCGCUGUAUUCCGUAUUAUUAUUACCCCAUUAUAGAUAUGGCAUGUUUAACAAAAAACAAUAUUAAAUUAAUGAAUCAAAAAGUUACUUACACAGGGUUUAGGGGUGGCCUGGUGGGUCUUUUUAAACCUUCAACGGAUUCACUCAAAUGUAAAUGUUACCCCCAGUGUAAUGAAAUAACUUAUUCCUAUCAGCAAGACCAGCAACCAAUAAAAAUAGUGGAUAUUGAAGAAACCCAGCUGCAACCAAACGACAGCGUUCUUCGUGUUUACUUUGGACACGUUGCAUGCACAAAACUGUUAAAAAGUGUUUUAAUAACAUGGGAACUCAUUCUUGCGUCUGUUGGUGGUUUGAUCGGAUUAUGUCUCGGAGGUUCAAUUCCCAGCGUUAUUGAAUUUGUUUAUCACAUAUUCGAAGCUUUAUUUUCACGAUAUGAUAAAAAUAAGAAAGCUAAGAAAGUAGAGAAGGCAAAGUAUGAACCUAAGCUAUAUCUGAGCGACUUUGGUCAUGUUCCUCAAGGGCCGCUAUUUCAAGUGGCAAAUGUGAAGCAAACCCUUAACAAAAACAAACGAAUAAAUAUAAAGUAGGGUAUAAAACUAUAAAGUCUUUGGCACAGAACAGUCAAUAUAGUCUUUGGUGUGCACCUAAUUAUAUAUAUAAAUACAUAGAGUUGAAAAAAUAAUUGCUUUACCUUGAUCUCACUCAAAUCAAUGAUUUAACAUAUUGUAAUAAUUGUUUCUCAUAUUAUGGUUUUGUUGACUUUAAAUGUUACUGAUACCUGUAAACAUACACUAAAAUUAAAAUUCAAGCUACCAUAAAGUAAAGA